GGAUCCUGUCAAAAUAUACACCACUUAUAGCUUCUUAAGUGCAGUUAUCAUAGAGCACAGUCCCUGACAUCACACAGCUGCAGAGAUGAAUAAACAAAGAGGAACCUACUCAGAAGUGAGUCUGGCCCAGGACCCAAAGAGGCAGCAAAGGAAACUUAAGGGCAAUAAAAGCUCCAUUUCAGGAACCAAACAGGAAAUAUUCCAAGUAGAAUUAAACCUUCAAAAUGCUUCUUCAGAUCAUCAAGGGAAUGACAAGACAUAUCACUGCAAAGGUUUACUGCCACCUCCAGAGAGGCUCACUGCUGAGGUCCUAGGAAUCAUUUGCAUUGUCCUGAUGGCCACUGUGUUAAAAACAAUAGUUCUUAUUCCUUGUAUUGGAGUACUGGAGCAGAACAAUUUUUCCCUGAAUAGAAGAAUGCAGAAAGCAUGUGAUUGUGGCCAUUGUCCUGAGGAGUGGAUUACAUAUUCCAACAGUUGUUAUUACAUUGGUAAGGAAAGAAGAACUUGGGAAGAAGGAGUUUGCUGGCCUGUGCUUCAAAGAACUCUGAUCUGCUUUCUAUAGAUAAUGAGGAAGAAAUGGUAAGACGUAAAUGUUUCGACACUUUACUAAAAGCUUAUUUCUGUCAAUAUCAUAUUUGUAGAAAUCAUCCAUAUGUUUAUACAUAUAUUUACUUCAUAUAUUUUUAAGUCUGUGUAGUAUUCAACUGACUUCAUAAUAUUUUUAUAUUCAUAUACUGUUAAUGCACAUUUGAUUAUUUCCAGUUUUGCUUUUCAUGGA